CGGGCUGGAGCUGGAGUACGAGAUGGUUCUGACCAACGGCGACUCCUUCUGGACCCGGCACUUCUCGGCCGACGAGUUCGGCAUCCUGGAGACCGACAUCACCUUCCUCCUCAUCUUCACCCUCAUCUUCCUCCUCUCCUGCUACUGCGGCUACCGCCUCAAGGGGCGGCAGCUGCUCCACACCACCUACAAGAUGUUCAUGGCGGCGGCCGGGCUGGAGGUUCUGAGCCUCCUCCUGAGCUGCGUCUACUGGGGCCAGUACGGCUGGGACGGGGUGGGGCACGGCCCCCUCAAACUGCUGGGGAAGCUCCUGUUCUCCAUCAGCUUCCUCAUCUUCCUCCUGAUGCUGAUCCUGCUGGGCAAGGGCUUCUCCGUCACCAGGGGCCGCAUCAGCCCGGGGGGCUCUGUCCGUCUGUCCGUCUACAUGACGCUGUACAGCAUCGCCCACAUCGCCCUGCUCACCUACGAGGCGCAGUUCUUUGACCCGGGCCAGGUGCUGUACACCUACGAGUCGCCGGCGGGCUACGGGCUGAUCGCGCUGCAGUUCGGGGCCUUCGGCUGGUUCUGCGCCGCCGUGGGCGCCACGCUCAGCGCCGUGCCCGAGAGACGCCCCUUCUACCUGCCCUUCCUGGGCGCCUACACCUUCUG